AUGGCAUCUUCAAAGUCAUCUCCAAAUUUGGGUUCGGUUGGCUCGCCAACCAAAGACCUAAAUAAAAAAGAAUCAUUCCAAUAUUGGAAACAAAAGGAUAUAUCGUCACAGAUUUCAUAUCCUGGUGGUGGAGCACCCGAUGGAGCCAACUCACCUCCAUUGUCCGCCAGAACAACACCAUCAUCGCCAACCUCACCCAGUUCCAUCAAUAAAUCGAAAUCGCAAUCAUCCAUACAAACUGGCAAAGUCGGAAGUGUCACAACUCCGCCAACAACCUCACCGGUAUUGACAUCGGCAAAAUCAACUCCGACAGCAUCUGCAAAAACACCAGUGAAAUCAACCAGCACCACCACACCACCUCACACCACUUCAACCACCACACAAAAUCAACAUACUAAUAAUACUCAUAGCAACAAUAAUACUGCAGCAGGAAGCGCAGUAUCGUCAGGUUCACAAACGAUGCCGUCGAGAAUGAAAACUGAGGGCAGAAAGAGUAUAAAGAGUAUUUUCUCAUUGGUUUGGUCAGGGAAACCAGAGGAAAAUGAGGAGACCAACAACGAUCUACAACAACUCCAACAACUUCAACAACAGACAGCAUCAACAACAACAGCACAAGAAAAUGCCAAAGAUAAUCAUAGUAAAGAUACUAAAUCAACAUCAUCCAAUAUAGGAAAGCCAACUAAACCAAGCUCAAAAUCAUCUUUAACUUUAAAGUCAACACCAAAGACAUCAACAACAUCAACAUCAACAUCGACAUCAUCUUCUUCACAAGUUACCUCAAAGAAAUUAGGUUCCAACAGUACAACAACAACCUCCAACUUAAAUUCCACAAAUUCUUCAGCAUCUUCAUCACCAAGUCCAUCAAACUCUUCACCAAAUACUCAAUCACCAGCUUUGACAUCAACAAAGAAACCUGCACCUUCGCUUCCACCCAGAACAUAUAUAAACGAUUCCAAUAAUAAUACUUUAACAACCAAUAGCAAUAUUAACAACAAUAACAAUAAUAACGAUUCAAAUGAUAUUACAAUUGACCAUCUUAUUGAUCAACAAAUCAACAAGUUAAAGAUUACAACCAUUUCAGAUUCUGAAAGACUAUUGCAUCUUGAGAUGUCAUUAUCAAAGACAAAUAAGAUAGUUGAAGAUCUAGCUCAACGAUUGACAAACGAAGUGAUGUGUAGACGUGAGUUGGAGUCGUAUUGCAACGAGUUGGAAGCAAGACUAAAGAUAUCGGAAGCAAGACUGAAGCGAUUCUCUGAGCUCAAUGUUAGUUCCGAUUCGACACCUACCCAACAACAACAGCAACAGCAACAACAAGAGUUGGAUCAACAAGCCAAGGAGGCAGAGUUGGUUCAACGCGCCGUUGGAUCGCGUGAUGACUCUCGUUUCAACACAUUGAAUCAUCGUGUCGAUUCAUUCGAGCAGCGUAUUCGUGGUUUGGAAGAUUCCAACUUGAAGAUCAGCGAGAAUCUGAGCACCAUCCAGUUUGAACAGACGAUCUUCACCUCGGAGAAGCGAAAGAAAGCAUUGAAGAAACUCGAGAAGGAGAAAGAGAAGGAGCGUGAGCAGCGAGAGCGUGAUUUAAAGGAGCGCGAAAAGGAGAAGCUAAAGAGUGCCAAGAAAGAGAAGAAGGACCGCGAGAAGGAGUAUAAACGUCAGUUUUGGAGUGAUACAAGAUCCGAUCGUUCACAGAUGACCGACUACUCAGCCAAUGAUUUAAGUGAUAGUGAUACUGACACAUGCACAAGUGAAGUCAGUUUGAAAUCAUCACUCAAACGUAUAUCACCUCCACAAGAUUUCAACAAUCAACAACAACAACAACAACAUCAAUAUUCACAAUCUUCUACCUCUUCUAUUUCAACUCCAGAUUUGUCGGUUAUGCCAUCACCCAAAAAAUCAGUGGCAUUCAGCAGCAAUGUAAAUGGAAAUGAACAACAACAACAACAACAACAGCAAUCUGGACAUCCAAAAUCAAAGAGUACAGGCAACUACUCGACUUCGUUGAGAAAGUGGGCUGGCAAGAGAAUGUCUGCUCAUGUUCCGGGUGCUGCUACCACCGAUAAUAUGGAUGCAUUGUCACAGGAGGACAAUGAGUUGGCAACGAGAUUGGAGCGUGCCAAUACCACCGCUGAGAGAUCACAGUUGACCAAAGGAUACUUUACAGAUUACUAUGAAGGCAAUGCAGAAGAACUAAGAAAUAAGAAGCUUACGCGUAUGAGAUCGAAAUCACUGUCACGUGAUUCCGUCGACGAUGAAGAAGACGAAAAUUUCCAACCAAAGAUAAAUAUCUCUGCAUCGGUAGGUGGAAAUCAACCACAACCAACAAAGAUUUCAUCGACCAACAGUAACCAAUCAUCUCCAUCACUUCACUCAUUAUCAACCAGCCAAACAGACAAUGAAAGUAUAAUAGAUAAGAAAAAACAAUCAACCAUUGGUAGAAUGUUUGGAAAGAAAGAAAAGACAUUGAAUGGAGAUAAACUUAAAGUAUCUAUGAUUCUCUCUGAGAGAUUGAAUCAACGUGCAUCAAGAGAUGAAUUGGUUUUAAAGAAAAUUAUGAAAGCUGAAUCAAUAUUUGGUAUUAAUGUAACUGAAGAUACUUUGGAUAGAUUGAUAAGAUUCUUGGAGAAUUGCUUCGAAUUGUUGAGUAACAACGUUAAUCUAGAGGAUUUGUUUACUCGUAAGGUGGAUGAAUCAUCGGUGCGCUCAUUUAAAGAGUCAAUAGAACAAUCGAUUGUAUCUGACUUUAGCAAGAGUGAUCCGUAUUUAGUUGGUGCCACUCUACUUUGCUUCUUUGAGUCACUGCCAGAUGCCUUGCUUGGCAAAGCCGCUAACUCGUUGAUGUCCGUCGUGUACGUAGAUGAUCAUCCAUUCCGAAGAUCAUUGACACGCUCCAUUCUCCUAUCACAACCACCAUCGCAUCGAUCGAUUCUCAAGGUCAUCAUCCAGUUCAUCCAGGAUGUGACCAAUUGCACACCAACACCGCCGCUCCACCCCAAUCAACAUACCUCAAUUCCGCUACCACUCUCACCAAUACAUCCACCUCAAUUCAAUUUGGAUGACGGUGGUAGUUCUUCAACAAACAAUAGUAGUCUCACUUCCUCGCCCAUUACAGUAUCGAUGGUUGAGGACAGUGGAUCAAUCUCAACUUCACCGGCCAACUUGUCGGAACCGUCCACUCCACUGACACGCUCGCAAGUCAUCAAACCCAAGUCAAAACUAUCGCUCUACUCAUUGUGUGCAACCUUUUCCAAGGUUCUCUAUCGUUGCGAUCAAAAGCUGGCAACUAGCGGUAAUGCCAGCGCCAACGAAGAUCGUGAGGUGUUGUCGUUCGUCCACAUAAUCGAAGACUUUGACGGACACUUUGACAGUCAGCCAGAUAUCCAAUUCAUCAUCAAGGAGAUCUCCUACGUCAAGAGCGCAUCGUUUGAGAAGCUAUUCGAACGAUUGAUCGACCUAAACAAUCGUGACACCGACUACAACUACACGAUCUUCUACACCUACGACUACUACUUCAAGUCGCCAACCGACUUCCUCGAGUUGAUGGUCUACUACUUCAAGAAGACCGUUCCACUCGAUGAAUCGAAAGCACUAAAAGCAUGGCAGAACGAAUUGGCACUCACUGUUUUGUCGGUGGGAAUGUUCUGGAUGAAACUCCACCAGAAGCAAUUGUCCACCGACUUGAUGUUCCUCUCCAAGUUGAAAUCGUUCAUUGAAUUGCAUGCUCCACCUGCAGGUUCACCAACAUCCAACUUUUUCAACUACUUCAAGUCGUACUUCCAGUUGUCGGCACCGAUCAAAACACUGUAUGAGCGUGGCAACAGUUUCUACUCCAAGGUGAAGAAGCCACUCUCCAACAUCUCUGUAGUAAAGAUCAAGGAUGAGAACGACAUUGAUAUCUAUCAAAUUGGCGCGCAAACCAUUGCAUCGCAGAUGACCAUCAUCGAUAUGGAGUUGUUCACAUCGAUUCCACAUCUUCAAUUCCUCCACAAGGCAUUCACCAAAGUGGAGAACUCACCAGAGUUCCACCAAAUGGUUGACCGUUUCAACCAAUGGGCAAGAUGGACAUCCACAGAAAUUCUUACAAAAGAAAAAGUACAAGAUAGAGUAACUGCAAUCAGUUUCUUUAUUGAUGUUGCAAAGUGUUGUGUUGAAAUUGGUAAUUUUAAUUGUGCAGCAGCUAUUGUCGGUGGAUUGAAUCACUCUUCUAUCUCAAGAUUGAAAAACACUUGGGAUAAGUUGUCUGCCAAGACUCUUGGUGAUUACAAGUCACUCGAGGUUCUCUAUGACAUGUCGAUGAACUACAAGAACUACAGAGAGGCACUGAAAGCCUCUACCAAUCGUGUUGUACCUUACUUGGCCAUCUAUCCAAAGGACUUGAUUGCCAUUGAAGAGGCCAACGACACAUUCACUGCCAACGGCAUGAUCAAUGUCGAAAAAUUCAGAUUGAUCUAUCGUAUCAUCAAAGAACUUCAACUCUACCACCAAGUAUCGAAUCUCAAAUUCCAGCUGAUCGAACCAAUUAAGAAACAUCUCAUCAACAUCACAAACAAACUACUCGAUGAGAAAGAACUUCAUGCUCAAUCAUUAAAAGUUGAACCUCGUCAAUCAACUCAAUAA